AUGAAGGAGAUUGGAAAAGCGGUGGCACACCUACACAAGCAAGGACUGAUACAUGGGGACUUGAAGAUGUUGAACGUCAUCCGCAUAAAUGGGCACAUGGUGUUGAUUGACAUGGAUGCUUCUGCAAAGAUUGGUGAGGAUUUCGCUGGUGAGAAGUAUUCGUCCGGUGUCAUUCCACCUGAAAUGAUUUACCAGCUGGCGAACUAUAAAGAGAAGGAAAAAUAUGUUUCCUACUUCCAAGAUCAAAACAAAGAAGAGCAACAAAAGCGUGCCCCAAAGUUCACCACCAGAAGCCCCAAGAUCGGAUAUGCAGUCAAAUCAUUCUUGGGACAUGAUGAGACGACAACAUUUGAGGAUCCAGAGACUGGAAACACUGUCCCUAAAACAAAACGUAUGGUGACCUCAAAAGGUAACUUACCGAUGUUCGAGGUGGUUGGUGCGGAUAGUUCGUUCGAUGUCUGGUCUUUUGGCGUUCUCCUGUAUACGUUGUGCAGCAAGCACACUUUGUUCCAAGUGAACACUGAUGAUGAUAUCUUUGAUGGUAAUUCGAUGCGAGAGUUGUACCAUUGGGGACAAGAUGAUUUGGAAGUUGAAUCAAUUCUUGAGAAUAGCAUUCAAGAUGAUGCUGCCAAAAACCUGCUGAAGAAAAUUCUUAAACGCCAUCCCAAGGAUAGGCCUUCAAUGAAUGAAAUUCUUUUAGAUCCAUUUUUCAGUGGCAAGACUACCGAUGAUGUGAAGGAAACGCUGCGGUCUUGUGCAGGCCAUCAGCAGCGAUGGGAAGGAAUAUGA